ACUGGGGCGGAAGUCAGGUCCAGUUCGACGAGCGUGGCGACGGACUAGGUCGCUACGACAUCAUGAACUUCCGGCGCGACAACGAGACAGGCGACUACGCCUACGUCACCGUCGGCCGCUGGGACAAAGGCCUCCACCUCACCGCCGACGACAUCGACUUCGGACGCGGCCGCAGCGCGCCGCCACCGUCGCAAUGCUCGAACGCGUGCGGUCCGGGGGAAGUGAAGAAGAUCCAACAGGGGGAGACGUGCUGCUGGUUUUGCCAGAAAUGCGCGCCGUACGAAUAUCUCUUAGACGAGUUAACGUGUAGGGAUUGCGGGUACGGAAGAUGGCCGCUGGGAGCGAAGAAUGGAUGCUACGGCCUUGAGCAGAAGUACAUGCAGUGGUACUCUGUUUACGCUAUCGUUCCCAUGGUGAUCGCCAUCGCCGGCGUCUGUCUCACGCUAGCAACAAUCGCCAUCUUUGUUCGAAACAACGACACCGCGAUCGUGAAGGCGUCGGGAAGGGAACUAUCCUACAUGCUGCUGGGAGGGAUCCUUGUCAGUUAUCUUAUGUCGUUCGCUCUCCUAGCGAAACCGUCUCCGCGCGUAUGCGGACUGCAACGCUUCGGAGUCGGUUUCGGAUUUUGCAUGAUGUACGCCGCGCUGCUGACGAAGACAAACCGGAUAUCCCGGAUCUUCGACUCGGCGAGUAAAUCCGCAAAGCGACCGGGCUACAUAUCGCCACGCUCGCAAGUUCUCAUAGCAAGCGUACUCACCUCCGUACAGGUCGUUGCUACGGUGAUCUGGCUCGUCAUAGAACCGCCGCGUACGCGACCUUUCUAUCCGAGUCGAGUCGAGGUGAUUCUGAAAUGCAAGAUGGAGGACUCGGCGUUCCUUGUGUCGCUCGUCUACGUGAUGAUGCUGAUCAUCACGUGCACGGUGUACGCGGUGAAGACGAGGAAGAUACCGGAGAACUUCAACGAGAGCAAGUUCAUCGGCUUCACGAUGUACACAACGUGCAUCGUGUGGCUGGCGUUCGUGCCGAUCUACUUCGGAACGAACAAGGAGUUCGAG